CCACGGCGGCACCCAUCUGCGCCGUCUCGGCAGGUGUGGGGCGUUUGGCCACCACCUCAUCCGCCUCGUCGGCUUCACCUUCACCACCACUCCACCAGGGAAAGAACACUGCCGCACCGCUGCACCAGUCCUCUGGCUUCGGCUCUCCUUUCCCCUCCUCUCCUGCAGCUCCAGCCUUCGGUGCAGGGAAUUACUCCAUUCGUGGACUAGGUAACCGCUCAUCCUCUGUUCGCCGGUGCGCUUCGGACUGGCUUGUCCGGCGAGGCCAGAGAAUCACCCACACCAGCAUACAGAAAACUAGAAAUUCGUAUUCUUUUCGGGAUUGAAGGACAAAGGAGUCAAGGACGGCACAAGCAGUUAUCUGCAGCAUUGGUGCCUUGAGAAGCUCCAUGGAAGCUUAGUUAGCACAUAUUGCAUCAUGUCAUGGGAAUUUCAGUAUGCAACAAAUGGCCAUGUCAGCGUUCGCGGUCACCUCACCUUCAUCGCAUGGCUAUGCCUUAUCAGCCCUUCAUGCCCGUCAUUCUCAAAGAUUGCACACGAGACGCAUUCGCAGCCAGGUUCGGGCACUGGCACAAACGCAAUUGCAGUACAAGAAGCUGGGAGAUUCAGACCUCCUUAUCAGUGAGGUCACUCUUGGAACAAUGACUUUUGGAGAGCAAAACACAGAAAAGGAAGCUCAUGAUAUGCUCUCUUAUUCUUUCGAUCAAGGCAUUAAUAUCCUUGACACCGCAGAAAUUUACCCGGUUCCAACAAACAAAGACACUCAAGGAAGUACCGAUCUAUAUAUUGGCAGGUGGAUGCAAUCUAAGCCACGGGACAAGAUAAUUUUGGCGACAAAAGUUGCUGGUUAUUCAGAGAGAUCUGCUUUUCUUCGGGACAAUGCAAAAGUGGUGCGUGUUGAUGCUGCCAAUAUCAAAGAAAGUGUUGAAAAGAGCCUUAAACGAUUGUCUACAGACUACAUUGAUUUGCUUCAGAUACACUGGCCAGAUAGAUAUGUAGCACUAUUUGGUGAAUAUUUUUAUAAUCCAACCAAAUGGAGACCAAGCGUACCUUUUGAGGAUCAAUUGAAGGCCUUCCAGGAGCUGAUUGAUGAAGGAAAGGUUCGCUACAUUGGUGUUUCCAAUGAGACCUCAUAUGGAGUAAUGGAGUUUGUACAUGCUGCUAAGACUCAAGGCCUCCCGAAGAUUGUGAGCAUCCAGAACAGUUAUAGUCUAAUUGUGAGAUGCCGCUUUGAAGUUGAUCUUGUUGAAGUUUGCCACCCAAAUAACUGCAACGUUGGACUGCUGGCCUACUCUCCGUUGGCCGGUGGUGUUCUUACUGGGAAGUAUCUUGAUGCUAACGCUGACAUUUCAAAGAGGAGUAGGCUUAAUCUCUUCCCUGGAUACAUGGCACGCUACAAUGCCUCUUUGGCUAAAGAAGCGACAAACGAAUACGUAAAGCUUGCCAAGAAGCAUGGGCUAACUCCAGUCCAGCUUGCACUGGGCUUUGUGCGUGACCGUCCAUUCACUGCCAGUUCCAUCAUUGGAGCAACCACCAUGGAUCAGUUAAAGGAGAACAUCGAUGCGUUUACCAGUGCUCCGCGGCCACUACCACAAGAAGUUCUCGAUGGCAUUGAGGAUCUGUUCAAGAGAUACAAAGACCCAGCAAUCCUCUAGGUGUCUAUUCACCAUUUGGACAAAAGAACCAGCACUGCUGAAAUCAUACAAAGAUCAGAAAAUAGUUGCAUUUAUGAUAGUACAAUUUUAUUAAUGCUGAUACAAAUGUUUCUUUGUAUCUUCCAUUGAUUUUAUGGAUAGUACCAUCAAAAUGAUUUUUUUGCACUCUAUGUAGAAUGUAGAUUUCAUAGUGAGUUCAAAGGGAAGACAUUCUCUUAUACUAUGUUAGUAAAUGUGGACGUUUUAGAUUUUGACAGGUGUCCAAUACACAAGUUUGAUCAAUUCUUUUCAUGUGUCAAUA